GAGGCGGCGAUUCUCACCUUAUGUUGCCUUGUCGCUACUGGGAGGGGCUCUUAUUUUGAAGUGCAUCUUAGACACUCGCGAACAGGAAGCCCCGUCUUUUAUUGUUAUAAUAUAUAUAACUGCCUUCACACGCCGCUUGCAGCCUACGGGGCCGUCGGGAUUCAAGAAGGAGGGAGGGAGCAUCACAAAAGCGCGUGGAUUCUCCUCCGCAGAGACAAUGGCACUGGAGGUUUCUUUGAGGCGGGACGGGAGACCGUUGUGACUGAUCAUUGGAUGCAGGGACAUCGCGCACCUGUACGGAGGUGCCAAUGCGAGAGAAGCCCCUUGGCAACCAGAUAAGCAAAGUGGAAUGAGGAAAUGAGGGCAGAGCAGCCAGAGGAAUAUGGGCAGCUACUCUGUUGCUUCGAGAGAAGCAUGAAGACUAGAGAAUCACCUGCUAGACAUCGAGGAUCCAGGCAGACUUUAGGAAUUCAUCAUCAGUUUGGACGUCUUCCAUGAAGCGUUUAUAGAGCCACUCUACCUGUUUUUACACGUAGUCAGGAUCAAACAAAGGCGGCCUCCAGUUUGUCAAGUCACAGGUCUGAGGAUGCGGGAGAACACUUUAUCCACAGACGCCUCAUUUAGUUCCAAGCAGGGGCUGCUGGACAUUGGUGAGGGUUCAGAUGGGUUUUCCUUGGUGACCCCCAGCCCAGUGGAAGAAGACGUUGGCUGCAAAUUCAGUGAUGGAGUCAGCGCGGGUUCUGUUGACAUUCUGUCAUCUGAGACUAUAGGAGACAACAACACCUCCCCAGAUUUUAACAAAAUUGGGUUUGUUCCCCAAAAGACAGAUGACUUGUGCGGAUGGGGAGGCUUCCGUCCUAAAUUCAUCCAGUGGUUUAACACCCCAAAGUGGGUGCUCUUCUUUUUGUGUGUUGCUUCUUUUUUACAAGGGAUGAUUGUCAAUGGAUUCAUAAACACAGUCAUUACCUCAAUAGAACGAAGGUUUGACCUGCGGAGCUACCAUAGCGGGCUCAUCGCCAGCUCAUACGACAUCGCCGCUUGUGUGUGUCUGACUUUUGUCAGCUAUUUUGGUGGGACGGGGCAUAAGCCCAAGUGGCUGGGUUGGGGCGUCCUAGUAAUGGCAGUGGGCUCACUGGUUUUUGCCUUGCCUCACUUUGUCACCGACAGCUACAGAGUAAGCUCUCCUGAGCACACCGACCUCUGUUUCGAUGUUCAGAAUGACACGUGCAACCAGAACCCCUCCAGCCUGACCAACUACAGGUACAUGUUCAUGCUGGGACAGUUUCUCCACGGAUUUGGAGCUACGCCGCUCUACACCCUGGGAGUGACCUACCUAGAUGAGAAUGUGAAGUCCAAUUACGCUCCUGUUUACAUUGGUAUUUUCUAUGCAGCAGCUAUUGUUGGGCCAGCUGCUGGCUACCUCUUGGGUGGAGUUUUCCUCAAUGUAUACUCUGAAAUCAAUGAAGCGACAGAGCUGACUCCAGAAGAUCCUCUGUGGGUGGGUGCCUGGUGGAUUGGCUUCCUGGGUGGUGCAGCAGCUUCUAUGCUCGUCUCCAUCCCAAUCCUUGGUUACCCUCGACAGCUACCAGGCUCCCAGCGUUACGUUGCAAUGAGAGUGUCAGAAGCUCAUCAGAUGAAGGAUGGAAGCCAUCACGAGGCAUUGGAUCCUCAGUUUGGGAAGACUGUCAAAGAUUUGCCAAGGUCUGUGCUGCUGCUACUAAAAAACCCCACGUUCAUCUUCCUGUGCUUCGCUGGAGCGACAGAAGCCACACUAAUUGCUGGAAUGUCGACAUUUGGUCCCAAAUUUCUGGAAUCCCAGUUUAACCUUAGUGCCUCUGAAGCUGCUACAAUGUUCGGUUACCUUCUUGUCCCUGCAGGAGGAGGAUGUACGUUUUUGGGAGGAUACAUAGUGAAAAAAUUAAAACUGCGGUGUGGAGGAAUAAUUAAAUUCUGCCUUUUCUGUGUGAUCGUCAGCCUGAUCGCGAUCUUUAUAUUUAUGAUUCACUGUCCCAAUGUGCCGGCUGCUGGAGUCACAGCUUCUUACUUUGACAGCUUCAAUCAAACUAUAAAACUCACAUCCUCCUGCAAUUCAGACUGCAACUGCAUCCGAGAGUUUUACAACCCUGUCUGUGGAGAAGACAAAGUCAUGUACUAUUCACCCUGCCAUGCUGGCUGCAACAUCAUAAACAAAACUCUGUCCGAAAAUGGCAAAAAGGUGUACAGCAAUUGCAGUUGCAUUGUGGCAAAUUCCUCCUCUGACUACGGGACGGCGUAUUCCGAGAAGUGUGUCUCUUCCUGUCCCUAUAUGGGCCUGUUCCUCGUCGCCCUCUUUGUCGUCAUUUCCUUCACGUUUCUGUGCAGCAUACCAGCCCUCACUGCCACCCUGAGAUGUGUUCCCGACAGCCAGAGGUCAUUUGGCCUGGGGAUUCAGUGGAUUCUUGUGCGUACACUUGGCUCAAUUCCAGGCCCAAUUGCAUUUGGGUCAUUUAUUGAUAUUUCCUGUUUGCUGUGGCAAGAGCAAUGUGGAGUACAAGGUUCCUGCUACCUCUACGAGAACAAAGCCAUGAGCCGGUACACCUUGGUUGUUGGCCUCAUAUAUAAGGCUUUAGGAACCUUGUUCUUCUUCUUGGCAAUCGUGGUCUACACUCCUCCGCCGGAAUCGCCACAGAACAGCUCGGAAACCAAUCUGAAAAAUGGCAAGAGUGAUCUGCCAGUGAAGGAUGUUCCUCAGGAGUUACACCAAUCAAGUUGAAGAGAUGGUGUGACACUGGAUUUUCCUAGGAUAUCGACAGAGAUGUGUCAUCCUGUGUCCCCUCAUCUUUUUGGUUUUAUUUCUGAGACAUUGUUUUUCUGCUUCAAACACCAUGAUGACUGAAUUUCUAAAAAAAACAAAAAAACAAAACAACUUUGUUUUACCAGUUGCGGUUGAAUUUACAUAAAUGUGGAUUAGUCAUUGUCAAAUGCAAUUGUUUUGCAACUGCUCCUUCCACGCCCAGGCUAUUCUGAGGAGCUGAGCAGUUCCAGUAUGGACACAACUGACUUCUUUUUUCCUUGGCAGACUGACAUACCUUGUGUCAUGUCUUAUUUCAGAGUUUGUGCUGACAGUUUGGGUGUUCCUCAGUAAAAAUGUUUAUAGUUGUGUGGGUGUGUGCCAUGAAGUGGACGUGUGUUUUUAUGUUAUUUUAUAAAUGAAUGCUGUCUGUAAAGAUUUUUACAUUGAAACAAUGACAUUUUGUAAUGAAAAUUUUAGAAAAUACUGCUUUACUGUCAGUCAGCAAAUUAAUGUCAUAUUCACACUAAAACGGGUUUGAAAUUAAGUUAACUUGAAGUCCGGCCGAAUGCCUUGAUAGCAACCUGUGAAGAUGAAUUGGUAAAGAGGAAAGUCACCAAAAUGAUGAGUGUGCCCAACCAGUUCACAAGCCCUCCUGUGGUAGUUUUGCCGUUCCUCCGAGCAUCUCAUUCAGAUUAGUGUUGUCUCAAGCUCAAAUGACUAAACUUCUCGGUUUUUCCAAAAUACGGCCCAAUGAAUCACCAAAAAAAAAAAAUAUCAGAAUGUCCCAAGUGUUAUUAAAACAUGUCCUGGGUGUCACAUUUGUUAAACACCUAUACUCUACACCCUUCCCAGAAUCGUCAGGACGGCAAUCCGCUCUCGAUUCGACAAACAAAACAUCGACCAUGCUAACAUUAUGGUACCGAAAUCCGUUGAGACAUAACUUCCAAACAACUCUCUCCGCAUUUCACAGGUAUGGUUAUUGUGUUCUGUGUAAUUUCAUACAGUUACGCAUAGCGUGUUACUCUGAACAAUGAGUGAAAACAAAAUCCAGAGGAUACUAAAUUU